CCAUGAUCGUGUUUCAUAAAUUAAAAUUAGUGUCAAACUGUGGGGUUGACAGGUUCAUGGCAUUUGUGCAUUUGCCUUUCACUUUCGAUUUUCGAUUUCUCGACCUUUCUAUGUGUCGCACGUGUUCCCGAAGAGCACUUUACGCCGCUUUGUUAGAGAGUGGAGCCGUUUGACUGUGCUUUAGUAUUUUUUCUUAAAAGGUCAUGGGUCUCCAUGAUUUCCGCUGUUAUCUGCAUGUCGCUUCGGACACGGAAUCGAUUAUCGGCUUUCAUCGAUUGGGCACGGGGUGAGAGUGAUAUUGGCAGUAACUCAAACAGCUUAAUUAGAUCACGAAAGAUCACGAAAGGUUAAUAAAUCAUUUUAAAAAAUUCUUCUGACGAUGAAACUCUUCUACUCACCUAAUCCUACUCCAAAUCCCGGAUGAUAAGCAAACAUCGGUGAAUACUGCUCACUCCAAGAGCGUAACAGCUCAAGAGAAUCACCACGAAGAAAAGUGAACAGGUGGCCGAUCAGAGGCCAUUUGCCAGGUGGGCUGGGAAUCUUCUGCAGCGGAGACAACUUUUCUUCUAUGAAUUUAUACACCAACCACAGAAUGACACAUACUAAAAACGACAAGAAAAUGAACUUUGCAUUGAAAAUCUUGAAAAGAACGUCCAUAAUUACCCCUGAGGAGCUCAGAAUGCUGAAUCAGGCCGAAGGGUUGUACGUCAGGGCACUGGGUAAGAUAGGACAGUUGAGGUACUUACUAGGGUGGGGCUAGUAAAAAAUUAUCUACACAAUUAAAUCGGUCUUAACAUAAGUCUACAAAUUAAAACUAAUUUCGAUAUCUUGAACUUCUUAAUAGGGUUGAAAAUGCACAAGACCUCAUGACUUUAGUUUCAAUUAAGUUUUUUUUUUAACUCAUAUCCUAAUAAUAAAAUGGAAACCUCACCCCACCCCCAAGAAAGAAAAAGGUGCCUUGUCAUGGCGGCCGGGUGGACUAAGUGUGCGUGACUGUUUUCUUCGCUAAGAAGAAAUCAAAUAUUCACAGGGUUUGUGUGUUUCUAAAAUCUAGGUUAAAAAUACAAAAUGAUCAUAUUUAUUCUAACGAUUCCCAUUUUGCUAUGGUUCAUGUACACGUUCUUGAAAGACGAAUUUACAUCGCCGUUGAGAAAAAUUCCAAGGCCCGAUGGUUCUGUUCCUGUCUUUGGUCAUUUGUGGACAUUUCUUCGUGAGAAAAACCAUUUGAAAUUGGUGCAGGACUGGAGUGAAAAGUACGGUCCAAUCUUCCGGUACAGUCGUGGUUUUGGUGAAAAAAGAGUCUUCUUGUCAGGUCCUGAUCUGAUCAAACAUGUUGCUGUAACAAAUUCGAAGAACUAUGCUCGCACUGAAUUUGUACGGACUUUUAUACCCAGCAUUGGUAAUGGCGUAUUCUCCUCCAAUGGAAAGGAACAUGCUCGUCAACGUAAAAUGAUCAAUCCUGCAUUUAAUUACAAUAAUUUGACUGGGAUGGUAGAUGACUUUAAAGAAGUUACAAGCAAUCUUGUGAAGCUCUGGACAGAACAAUUGACCAAUUCAACUGAAGGAUUCGUGGAGGUGCUGGUCUCCACAGACUUGGCUCGUCUGACAUUAGAUGUCAUUGGGAGGUGUGCUUUUGGUUAUCACUUCAACACAGUGCUCUCAGGAGAAACUGAAAUUUCAAGUGCAUUUUCUGCUGUUAUCAAAGGUGUUGGUUUUGGCCGAGUCAUGCGAAAGAAACUCAUUCCACUGUAUGACUACCUUCCACUGGCUGAGAAUAAAAGGGCAAAGAAAGCACUUGAAAUAACAGAUGGAACUGUUCUUGAGGUUAUCAAAGCAAAACGUGAGAAAAGGGAGGAAGGAAUUGUGUCUUCUAAAAGAGACUUGUUAAGCUUGCUUAUGGACCAACAUGACGAAGAAACAGGAGCGACCAUGGAUGAUGAACUUCUCAGAGCCCAGGUGUUUACCUUCAUGUUAGCUGGUCAUGAAACUACCAGUGUGUCAAUGAUGUGGACCCUGUAUGAACUUGCGAGACACCCAGACAUAGCUAAACAGGUCCAACAAGAGAUUCAGUCGGUUAUGAAGGACUCAUCGGAAAUGACGUGGGCAAAACUGGCCGAGUUGAAGUUUCUUGGAAAUGUGAUAAAGGAAUCUCUGCGGUUCCACUCUCCAGCAACUAUGGCAGUACGUACUGCAAAGGAAAAUGAUGUGAUUGGUGGAUAUGAAAUUCCCAAGGGUACUUCUGUGGUUCUAGGAAUUGACGCUGUACAUCAUUCAACAAAGUUCUGGAAGGAUCCACAUGCUUUUGAUCCACAAAGAUUUGACGAAAAUGAUGAUAGUCAUCCCCCAGUUCAUCCUUAUGCCUUUUUGCCAUUUUCUGCUGGUCCUCGUUCGUGCAUAGGGAAUAAGUUUGCCAUGGUGGAGAUGAAAGCUGUAUUAUCCAUUCUUCUACAAGAGUUUAUCUUUGAAGAGAUUCCUGGAUUCACUGUGAUGCCAAUUAUUCGACUGACAGCAAAGCCAGAUCCCCCUUUACGUUUGAGGAUAAGGCAAUUGACCAGUUGACUACUAAAAUGAUUUUAGUUUGGCCUGUCUAAAAUUUUGUUUAACUUGAGGCGACAAUGCACAUACUAAAACUAGCCAGUGAAGCUAUUUAUUUGAUGUUUCUUUUUAUUAUACUAUAUAAUUAUACGUCAGCACUUUGUAAAAACGCAAGCCUGUUUUAUUAAACAUCAAGGGGAUUACGCUUACGUAAAGAACGUAAUUGUAAAUUCUGUUCAUUUAACCCACUGGAAGCUACCUCGUGACUCACUACCACCGCGAUAAAUUCAUGUUCCACGUGCCGGAGAAAAUCGAGUCGAGAAGCGAUUGCGAACACGAUAGAUGACAAUAAUAUGUAAACGUAUAAGCUUAUUAUAUAACAAUAACAGGGAUAAGCCUUCUUUCAACGAGUUUUCUCUGCAAACAGCCUCUUUGGAGGUUUGUCUUUGUCUUUGCGGAGAUCGCUGUGCGCUACUUCUGACCAUGUUUGAAUCAAUUUCAGUACGCUUUAUGUAAAAGAGUUGAUUACACAUGAAUAACAGUCAUGAUCAAACUAUAACAAGAUUUUAAUACCAAAUUAUGAAAGUGCCACUGACUAUGAUCAAAUUCUCGAUACCCAUUUUUUACAUUUUCGUACACAAUAGAUCUUUCCUAGAUAGUUGGAAAAUUUCAAUCUAUUACGAACAUUAGAACUCAUGUUUUUUUGGACCU